AGCUAAUUUUUAUUAUUAAUUUUAAAAAAUGUGCAAGAUCGUAAACAUUAUUUUGUUAGGCUUUCUUGAAUUUUUCAUUCAUCAGCAAUAUGCUGACAACAAUUCAUUAAAAAUCUGCCAACCAUUCUUUACAUUUUUACUUUUCAAAUUUAACAGUAUAUGAUAAAUGCGAUAUACAGAACACAAUACACAUUGUUCUACGCAAAUCAUAAUCAAUACAAUGUACUCCAGAUAAAGUGCACUCUGUGAUUUGGUACACUAAGGGGUGUAUCAUUAAAAAAGUUGUUUUUAAAAAACUUCUAUUUUUUUUUUCCACUUGAUUUCAUUCUAUGAUCACCAUGUUCGUUUGUCGUUUGAUUCCGGCAUUGAUACAAAAGAAAUAAUAAAAAUUACAGAGAAAAUGUUUGAGUUCACUGAGAACGAUCUUGGGGAACAGACGGAAACUCAUGGAAUGGGGGAGAGUUAUCUUUUAACUCAGAAAUCUGAUUUUGAUUUAAAGCUUGCUGAGAAAUGGUCUCAGCUCAUGAAAAAGGGGUCUUUCAGAUAUGGUUUAGAGGAUAUCUGUAGUAGAAUAGUUGGAGGUAAGUUUGGAUUUGUAGCUCAGCUACAGCUGAACCGAUCAACCAACAGAAGACCCCCUCAGGCUAUGUUGAGUCUAAAGCAACCCUUCACUAAGGAUAAAUUUAAUUUUACUUUGAUAAACCAUGAGAAAGAAGCCAUCUUUACUCUUCAAAAGACAGACGAGAAAAGGCUUGGUGUGGAUCAGCUGAUUAUUAAUGUUAGCCCCCUUGAUCAUUUCCAUUGUUUGCUUACACCUCAAGUAGAUUUGAUGUUCCCCCAGGUUUUGACAGAGCAUGCAAUCAUUGUUGCGCUGGAAGUAAUGUAUCUAUCUCGUGAUCCACAAAUCAGGUUCAUAUAGUUUUUAAUCAAUUCGUUAAAUUAUUAUUUCAUGU